UCUAACUCUCACAUGUCGUUGUGUACAUCACAUCCCGGUGUACAUCUACCGGUUGCUAAGCACAGUUAUCACGUUGUGUAUCAUUAUAGCCAAUGUUUUUGAUGUCAUUAGUUUUUUAAACAAAAAAUCAGAAGAUGAAAGUUGUCGCGUUAAUAAGUGGAGGCAAAGACAGCUGCUACAACAUGAUGCAGUGUGUUGUUGCUGGGCACCGGAUCGUAGCUUUGGCCAACCUACGUCCUGCUAACACAGAUGAGUUGGACAGCUACAUGUACCAGACAGUUGGCCACCAGGCCAUAGAGCUGUAUUCUGAAGCCAUGGAUCUGCCCCUGUAUAGACGCACCAUUCAGGGCUCUAGCCUGGACACCAGCAGAAACUACAGUGUGACAGAGGGGGAUGAGGUGGAGGACCUAUAUGAGCUGCUUCACCUUGUCAAGGAAAAAGAGGGUGUCGAGGCAGUGUCUGUAGGGGCCAUUCUCUCCGAUUACCAGAGGGUCCGUGUGGAAAAUGUAUGUUUGCGGCUAGGUUUGCAGCCCCUGGCCUACCUGUGGCGCCGAGACCAAGAGUCCUUGCUCUCCGAGAUGAUAUCAUCUGACCUCCAUGCUAUCCUCAUCAAAGUCGCCGCCUUCGGCCUGGAUCCAGAGAAGCACUUAGGACAACCUCUAGCUGACAUGGAGCCCUAUCUGAAACAGCUCUCCCAGAAGUAUGGAGUUCAUAUUUGUGGAGAAGGAGGUGAAUAUGAAACAUUCACCCUUGAUUGCCCCCUCUUCAAAAAGAAGAUGGUUAUUGAUGCAGCGGAGACAGUAAUCCACUCAGCAGAUGCCUUUGCUCCAGUUGGCUACCUGCGCUUCACCAAGAUCCACACCGAGAACAAAGAUGCCGUGAGUCAAACGUCUGAAGGAAUCCAUGAGUUUAACUUGGAUGUGGUGGCGAGCGCUUUGCCCCAUGGUAGUUGUCCUUGCCAGAACGCCAUUGACAACAUGACUGAGGAGGUGGAAUAUGCUGAUCAAGCUCAAGACAACCAGCAAGAAUUUACAUCAAAAUGUGACCUUAGUUGUCAGCGGGGCCACGAUCUCCCUUCAUCCUGCUCACCAAGGAGCUCCAGGGGCUAUCAGUGGAUCUCUGGCAUCAACGGCCUUCAGAGCAAAGAUCCCACCAUCCAGGGCCAGACAUCGGCGGCUUUUACACAGCUCCAAAGUGAGUUGGACAGCAGAGGCUGGAAAAUGAAGGACAUCAUCCUGGUGCACCUGUAUGUGAGGUCCAUGGAAGACUUUGUUCUACUCAACACAUUCUAUAAGAAACACUUUGGCAUAAACCCUCCAGCCAGGGUGUGUGUUCAGGCUCCUCUACCUGCUGGUCAGCUGCUGCAGAUGGACUGUCUGCUCCAUGACUGGACCGAGCCCCUGGAGGAAGGCUGCUUCCACCAGAAGGAAGCCCUGCAUGUCCAGAGCCUGUCCCACUGGGCCCCAGCCAACAUCGGGCCCUACAGUCAGGCUCUCAGGGUUGAAGAGUCAGUUUUCUGUGCAGGCCAAAUUGCUUUGGUCCCGUGUACCAUGCAGCUGGUAAAGGCUGGCACCAGGACGCAGGCCCGUUUGUCCUUCAGCUAUGUGAAGAAGGUUCUGGAGGCUGUGAUCAGCAGUCUGACUCUAGCUCAUGUUGUCCAGGCUCACUGCUACACCACAAGACACCAAGACAUUCCCAUCAUCAGGGCCGUCUGGGAGAGCAUGCUGAGGGACGCAGAGGAAGAGAAGGACUUGCUGUGGGAGCCUGAGACCAAACCCGCGCCGUUAUUGGUCGUCAUGGUACCAGCCUUACCCAAGGGUGCAGCUGUUGAGCUUCAUGUAACUGCAAUUCAGGAUGACCCCACCAAAAGGACUUCCUGUCACGUGACUACAAAGGUGGCGUGUGGAUCCAUAGAGUGCCACACUGUAAUGUCUGCUGACACGUGUAGUGCUUCACUCUCACUUUCCCUGGCUGUGCCCGGCGAUAACCUGGAGGUCACCAGUGUGGCGGAUGUAACAGAAGCAGUUGGCGCUACAUUUAAGAAAGCCAUGACGAAGGUGGAUGCUGAGCUGGUGCCACUGUGUGCCAGGGUGUUCUACAAGUGCAACCACUCACUGGCACAGCAGAUUGUUAAAGAACUUGAAGAAAGUUUGAGAAGCUCUCUAGGAGAGUCCAGUCCCUCCAUGGCCCUGGUUCCAGUCCUGGACUUGCCUGACUCCCAGAUCCUCCACCUGUCCUGCUGGCUCAGUUUAUAGAAACACAGCCAGAGUCAACAACCAGACUCCAGUCAUCCAUAGCACCGGAAUUCAGUGGGGCUUUUCUAGAGGAGCGACUCUGACAAUCCAAAACCUAAUGACUUACUGUCAGGACAGGACAUCAGUGAAUGUGGAAAAAUAAAAACUGCAUAACUGCUCAUUAAUGUUGACUGUUUAUCACUGCUGAUUGUUGAAAUGUAAAGCUUUGUCCGUCUCCAAGUGGUUUUGAUGAGCGGUUUUGAGGAUGUGUUUAUUCCACUUCAUAUCCCAGAACUUAGGCCAAUAAUUCACUUUGUCCUCCUCUGGACUUGUAUAUUGCAGCAGCUGUCGUUCUGCCUCGGAAACAAGUCUCAUGGAACUUCUAUUAGCUGAAGCUGCAUACCAGAAGACUGGAGACCAUAGUCUACAAAAGGAGACACCAGCAGUGUCUCAUUCCACGAGGCGAUAAACUGUAUCCCCUGAUAUCCCACUGUUUCUGGUGGAAUUUCUCUCACCACGUUAGCUAACACCCCUCAUAAAGGCCUAGCGCCACCGCUGACACCAUCUGUUCAGUUGUAAACCUAUAGAUUUACUGUGUGACUGGUUUGUGAGAGUGUGUAAUGUGUAUGGAUGAGGUGACUGUGUUUCUCUCUCUCAUGCUUCAUGGGAUUCAAGGUGUGUUAUUAUUGUGUAAUAGGCAAUCAGCGCCAAGCACCUGAAAAGAUUAAGCCUCUUUAUGUUUUCUAUUGAUUCUAAGGCAACCUGGUUAAUAGGAGAGGGACACUGCAACACACAGCUGCAGGGUGUGUGUGUGUGUGUGUGUGUGUGUGUGUGUGUGUGUGUGUGUGUGUGUGUGUGUGUGUGUGUGUGUGU